CUGCCCAUUGAACUGACUAUAAAGCAUUAAAGGAGCAAUAACUCGUCGCCGGACAAAAUGGCGGAUGUCGUCCACCUCCUCCUUCUUGGCUUCCUCUUCUUCUCCCAUGCUCAAUCUGCCUCCAAAGUUCUCUUCCACGGCCUCGGCGUCAACUACGGCAAACUCGGCGACAACCUUCCUUCCCCUCAGUGUUCCAUAGAUCUCCUCCACUCCCUCAACGCCUGCGCAGUUAAGAUAUACGACGCAAACCCUGCGAUUCUCCGAGCCCUUCGCGGCUCAAACCUCGUCGUCUCUGUCAUGCUCCCCAAUGGCCUCCUCCCUUCAAUCGGCACCAAUCAGUCCGCCGCCGAUGACUGGAUCUCCACCAAAAUUGUCCCCUUCUAUGGCACCAUUCGCCUCCGUUUCCUCCUCGUCGGCAACGAGAUCCUCUCCGCCUCCAACUCUUCCUUCUGGCCUUAUCUCGUCCCCUCCAUGAUUCGCCUUCAACGCUCCAUCAAAUCAUUCUCCCUUCACGGAAUCAAGAUCAGCACCACGCAUGCCAUGGAUGUCCUCCAAUCCUCCUUCCCCCCUUCUUCCGGCCGCUUCCGAUCCGACAUUGCCGGCCCAAUCAUUCGCCCCAUGCUCGAUUUCCUCCGCCGAACAUCCUCCUAUUUCAUGAUCGACGCCUAUACCUAUUUCGCCUGGUCUAAAAACCCUAAUUCGAUUUCAAUCGACUACGCCCUUUUUCAGGCAAACUCUAGCUUAUACUACCACGAUCCGGCCACCGGACUCACCUACACGAAUCUAUUGGAUCAGAGGCUUGACGCGAUGGCUGCCGCUAUAGCCGCUGAAGGUUACCCCGAAGUCCGGCUAGGAGUCGCGGAGACCGGGUGGCCGAAUGCCGGCGAUCUUGAUCAGAUCGGAGCGAAUGUGCAUAACGCAGCAAUAUACAACAGGAAUCUUGCCAUACGGGUGGCGGAGCAGAGAGGGCUCCGUACGCCGGCGAGACCGGCGGCUGCGAUCCCGGUUUUCAUUUUCUCGUUGUAUAAUGAGAAUCUGAAGCCUGGCCCGGGGACGGAGAGGCAUUGGGGCCUGCUGUACCCUAACGGGACGGCGGUGUACGAGGUGGAUCUGACAGGUCGCCGCCCGGAGGGGAGCUAUCCGCCGCUCCCGUCGGCGAGGAACAAUGAGCCUUAUAAAGGGAAGCUGUGGUGCGUGCUGGAUAACGGCCGCGGCGGGAACUUGACGGCUGUGGGGGCUGCGCUGAGCUUCGCAUGCGGGCAGGGUAACAGGACGUGUGCGGCUAUACAAACCGGGGGGGCAUGCUGCCAGCCCAAUACGGUGGCGGCGCAUGCGAGCUAUGCCUUUAAUUCGUACUGGCAACAGUUCCGGAGUACCGGCGGUAAAUGUUACUUUAAUGGUCUGGCGGUCCAGACAACCGUCGACCCGAGUAAGUAUAUUUUUUCAUUUCACUUUUUGUUUUGAUUAUUUAU